AUGAUGCGCCCACGGCCCGCGUCUUCCCUACAGAAGACGUACGAUGAAUGCUACUUGCUCUGUUCGACUGCGGUCUACUUUGAAGGCCAGAACAACGAAGAGGAAGCAUUGAGAUCCUGGCGGUCCGCUCUCGAUACGAUUUACCAUCACAAUGCUCGUCGGGUCCCGUCGAAUUAUACCCCCAAAUCCGAAACGGAGAAGGCCCUCCAAGAUUCUAUUCGUGCACUAGAGACCCAAUGCCGUGAGCGAGUCGAUCUGCUAUCGGCCCUUCGCGAGAGUCGGAAAGAAAGUGCCGAGGCCAACGGCGGAAAAGAACCAGCAACUCUUACCAAGGGUAAAUCUCCUGCAACUAUGUCCGCUCCGCCAUCUUCCAACCAUCCCGGCUGGAUUGGAGAUGGCACCAUCCCAGCAGUUGGCUAUACAGAUCUCUCGAAACCAGCCGCCAUACCUGGGAGACCUCCACCUCCGUCGAUGGGGAGACACAGUUCUGAUACUCUACAACCCUACGAUGACUCCCUCCCAUCUGGCUUGUCGCCGGCCGGCUCGCCUGCGUUACGAAUGAACUCAAACUCGUCCGACAAGACUAAAUCCCGCGGGUCAAGCCCUGAGCGACGAAAGAUCAUGCUGACGACGCUGCGCAACAAGGAUGGGAAGAAGAAAGAUAAAACGGCCAAAUCGAGUUCUAAGCGCAAGGAAACCCGACCGGUCGCCUCAAAAGCAGCUGGUCUUGCAUGGGGCAACCUCUACCGAUCAUCGUCGAUCGACAAGCCCUCGAAUGAUGCGGCGGUGGCUUCGUCUCGAAGUCUUGCCAAUGAUGCAAACGCUCGCCGAGAUGCUGAUCCAAAAUCAAGCUCCGGCGAAGAGCCUGUAUUGGCGCGGCCACGUCCGCAAAAGACAAAUUCUUCCACGGAUCGGAUUCCACCUGCAAAUUGGCGGGAGCCUAAACAUGCACCUGUUCCACGAUCUUCGCCCCGGCCAACUUCUCGAACAACCCCGCGUCAACUUCAAGCGGGCUCCGAUCCUCGUCGGUCCCAGCCUUCGGAACUGGCACCGGCACCAGUCAUCAUGCCCGACCCGAAAGAUUACGCAACCCCGUCAUCGCCCGGCCCAAAGCCAUCUAUCAAACCCAAGCCUGUGGCGCUGAGGUCGUCACUUCAGCCUCCACCACGCGUGACACAAAUGACCAAGUCAGAGGGUAAUUCCCGGUCAGCAACUCCUCGAAAGGACUCCGAGGCAACUACUCCGAGCAGCAAGCCGCGGACAAAAUCUGCGCCGAGGACAACACAAAGUGGACAAACAUCCUAUAUAUCGCCAUCAUCCGGUAGUGAUGAUAUUCAGCGUGGAAUGAACCGAAUGGCAAUCUCGGGGGCGAACGGCAGCAGCAACAGUGCGGUUCGGCGAAAGCCACCACCUGGUAAGCGCCGCGAGACACCACCAUCGAGCGACGAAGAAUCCUGGGAACAGCAUUCGUCAGAAGACGAAGACCAAGAAGCCCAAGAUAUUGUGGAAAUUAUGAACAAACUACCCAAGGGUGUUGAUCCCCAGUCAGCCCGUCAAAUCCUCAAUGAUAUCGUCGUUCGUGGCGACGAGGUACAUUGGGAGGAUAUUGCGGGACUGGAGCCGGCCAAAAAAGCUCUCAAAGAAGCUGUUGUCUAUCCAUUUCUCCGGCCAGAUCUAUUCUCUGGCUUACGCGAACCAGCUCGCGGCAUGCUUCUUUUCGGUCCUCCGGGUACUGGCAAGACCAUGCUUGCAAGAGCAGUGGCUACGGAAUCAAAAUCAACAUUUUUCUCUGUUUCUGCUUCAAGCCUAACAUCCAAAUGGCAUGGUGAAAGUGAAAAGCUUGUUCGUGCUCUAUUUGGACUGGCCAAGGCUCUAGCGCCAUCUAUCAUCUUUGUCGACGAGAUUGACUCCCUUCUAUCUGCGCGGUCAUCGGGCUCUGAACACGAAGCCUCGCGCCGGUCCAAGACUGAAUUUUUGGUACAAUGGUCAGACCUGCAGCGUGCCGCUGCUGGUCGCGAACAAUCGGCCCGGGACAAAAAGGAGGGUGAUGCCAGUCGAGUACUUGUAUUAGCAGCUACCAACAUGCCCUGGGAUAUCGACGAAGCAGCGCGUCGCCGCUUUGUCCGUCGACAAUAUAUCCCAUUACCUGAACACCAGGUCCGCGAACAACAACUGCGCACAUUGCUCAGUCACCAACACCACGAGCUGAGCGCCGAGGAUAUACAGGUUCUAGUCCAUGUAACAGAAGGCUUCUCUGGCUCAGAUAUAACAGCACUUGCCAAAGAUGCCGCCAUGGGCCCACUUCGCAACCUCGGCGAGGCUCUCCUCCACACGCCUAUGGACCAGAUCCGCCCAAUCAAGUUCCAGGACUUUGAAUCUAGUCUGUACUCCAUUCGACCUAGUGUCUCAUCUGAUGGGCUACGCAAGUACGAAGACUGGGCUAAAGAAUUCGGCGAGAGGGGCGGCUAG